AUGUCGCAGACGGUUUUGCUUCACGUAGAUGUGUUGCGUGGGCGGAAUUAUCCGCAGACGGAGGACGACCCGUGCGCGUGCUCCACGCGGGUGCGAGUGAUGCUGUACAAGAGCGAUCUAACGGAGGCCCUGGGCGAUGUGUUUACUACUGGGCUGCAGGAGAAUUCCAAUGCUCCCUUUUACAGUGCGGGUGUGGACUUUGAGCUGCCGCUGGGGCUGGAGGGCGCCGUGUUGGUGGUGGAGGUGGAGGAGACGACGCGGCGGAUGGAGCCGUAUGUCAUGUUCUACGGCGCGCAGCGGGUGUCGCUCUCGGCGAAGGGGAAGGUGGAGGAGGUGAUCGCCCUGACGCUGACCAAUCCGCUUGAAAAUCCGGAGGCGGCGGCGCAGGAGGCGAUGGAGGCCGCGGAGAGUGCGACGCCGUGCCCGGUGCUGAGCCUUCGCUACCACGUUGUGCGGCAGAAGAGCGCCGAGGUGGUGGAGGAUGUGCACGCGGAUGUUGAGCUGCCUGCCACCCCAACUCUCACGGGUUCGUGCCGCAUCAUCCCAAAGCACUCCCAGUACGUGUGGGUCAACCUCACAUCCGACGCGCGCUGGUUGGAGGCCUUUCGCUACUGGCUUGUGAGCGAUUGGCAGGACAGGGCCCCGCUGCUUGGGAGUGCCGCGGCGACGGAGCCCGCGGGGAAUGGGCCUACGAAAGGUGCGGCCACGACAAAGUCGCCGCCGCGAUCCACGCCAGUGUUGGAUGUGCGUACGGUUGGCGACGUCAUUAUAAAACGGUGGUGCUGUUUCCGCUCACAUGAAGUGCUGACGCGCCUGCGCCUUUGCGCGGAGGCGUUUAACAGCGGGGAAAAAUCGCUUUACUUUACCCGCGAGCAGGAGUUGUCCUAUCGACUUCAACGCAAAGAGCGUGUUUGCCUUUUGCAGGAAUUGAUGCAGGCCUCGCUUCGCAAUAUGGGCGUCUCUGGGCUCCGUGACACCCUGGACCGUCUCUGGAUUUUCUUUUCCACCGGCAUCAAACACGAUCCGGCGGGUCCGCGUGUUCUCACCUACGAGGCACGCAGGAAGGUGCGGGAGGCCGGGUUCGACUGCCGCGACAAGGCGGUUCUGCACUCAAGCAUCCUGAACUUUCUCGUCCCCUCCCUCACCAUGGAUCAGUGCGACGAGUUUGCCGCGGCGGAAAUGGACGAAGCAGAGGCGGUGGACGCCAAUUCUGCGGCAAAUCCAAAGGGUGAAAGUAAUGGCGACCACAACGAUUCGAUGUCUGCGCCCGCCUCCGAGGUCGCCUUUGCGAUGGCGCUCGUAGAUUACAUCGGCGCUUUGCUGGACACCCUCACGGAGACGGAGUUUGUGGCCGCCCUCAAGGCCUUUGAGCCGGCGGUGGUAAAGGCGCAUCAGCGUCUUAAGGGCGACGCCAAGGAUGAGAUUAAGCGUGCGCGCGGCAGGCUCAAGCCGCCGCUGCAGCGGGAGCGGAAGCCGUACUUCCCCGGUGAGGGCAUCAAGAUCGACCACCUUGACAUAUUGGGCCGCAGGAAGAAGAGCUUUCACCUACGUUAA